AUGCCUCGAGACAACUUCCAAUACCAGCCGACAAGCGACAACACCCGCAGACAUUUCGAUGCUCAAGCCCCUCGACAAAUCAUGUGCCCAAUCACUGCUUCAAUAGCGCCAAUUGUUCAACAGAUCGCUCAGAUUAAGUCGUAUACAAAUGAUUAUUUGCGAGAACUUCUCGAGGGAGAAAUACUCGGCAAUCAACGACUGAAUGAGAAGAGUUCAACUGCGACGAUUGGAGUUGUGGAGACAAAUAUUGAGCGUGUACAGAAAGAAGCGAUUGAUAAGGCCGAGCAAGACUAUGCUCAAAAAGUGGAGAAUCUCAAUCAAGUCAGCAUGCAAAAUGAAGAACUAGACAAACAGCUGGAGAACACAAGACGAAGUGAGAAUGAUUUGCAACGACGUUUCAAUGAGCUAGAGCAAAACAUGCGCCGUCUGCAGGAUGAAAGCCGCAAUUUGACACGAGAUUUUAAUCAAUGUAAACAAGACAACACCCGACUCGAGCAACAAGCUACCAAAGACAAGGAGAAGCAUCGACAAGAAUUGGAAAUUCAUCGAGAUAACCUUCAGAAAAGUUGGGAGGAAUUCAGGUUUCGGCUCGAUAAUGAACAUCGACAAAAGCUGUCAGAGUAUGAGCGGGAAAGCAAAAAUCUGCAAAGAGUUCUCGACAAUACAAGAAGGGAUCUUUCCUACGCUCAAGCAAAGGUUCGUGAGCUCGAAUUGAGUCGAGAAGAUUUUGAGCAUGCGGUAAGGGACGAAUUACAAAGAACGAUGAUGGCCAAAUACAGGGAUAUGGUCUUUGAGAUUGCCCCAGAAAGACCAAUUCCUCCACAAACUGUCUCGCUUCCAACUCGCUAUUUUUCAAACUCCACCUCUAGGCCAGACCCAUCGAUGUCAAAUAAAGAAAAUGGUGCUAAAUGUGAUAAUCCGGCAAAUAAACAUGAGCUCCUGAAGCAGGUUAUCACAAAAGCUGUCAAUAAAAGAAACGAGCGACGAUCAGGGCUGGGCGAA